GCUCAACGCGUAGGCGUCUGCCUAGCCGGAAGUGACGGUCGGAGGGGAAGGACGAAGACGCCGCCGCCAUGAAGCCGGCGGUGGACGAGAUGUUUCCUGAGGGAGCCGGCCCUUAUGUGGAUCUUGAUGAGGCAGGGGGAAGCACGGGGCUGCUGAUGGACCUGGCCGCCAACGAGAAAGCGGUGCACGCCGACUUCUUUAACGAUUUUGAAGAUCUCUUUGAUGAUGAUGACAUCCAGUGAACUUAGUUGUCCAGCUAUGCAGUGCUGAGAUGCGGAUUUUUCUCUAGGAUCACCAGUAUUUAUUGAAAUAAUCAAAACAGGAAAAUCGAGGCACGGGGCGGGGGGGGAACCUGUGUAAGCUGUUUGGGGAAUAUGAAAACCAGCUGGUUAAAGAUAACUAAGGAGGGAGUUGUGGACUGUUAUUUCUAGGAAGCUGUGUGUAGACUUUUCUUAAUUUUACUUGCUGAUGUGUUCAUUCAAUAAAAUACUAACAAAAACUCUUUGGGGUAUUCUUUGAAAGUAGAUAUUGCUGUGUUCUGAGCUCCCUUAGAGAAUGUUUUUUGUAUUAAAUCAUUCACUGUUACUUUUGGAUAUUAUAUAAACAUACAUGGCAGGACACCUUGCUGCCUAGGAAAGUUUUGUUCAUCCCACAACACGGGAUUAUCUAGGGCUAAGACAGUUGCUUGUUCUGAAUAUUCUGACUCGUUUGCCAGUCACACUAAGAAGAGUGUGUGUCUCCCUCUCUUUCAAGAGGGAUUCAGCUACCAUUAAUACUUAGCUUUUAAUUUGGGAAGCAUAGUAAUACAAAGCAGUAAUUUUACCUUGAUAUUUUAAGCAGAGAAACAUUCUGGGUCGUGGGAAUGCUUGGAUUUAAAAAUUAGUUUAAUUCUUGAAAUUGUACUGUAUAGAAAGAAAAUAAUUUUAGGACUCUCUUCUCCUGCAGCAGGUAAUGUAAUUAUUCAUACUUAUAUGUGCAGUGUGUAUGAAUCAGUCUGCUAGAUAUUAAGUCAGAUUUUGACACAAGUUUUCAGAACGUUUCUAAAAAUGUUUGAUUUUGCACCCUUCCAUGACCAAAGUGAAUCUCUGAAUGAAAGGAACAGGUGAGUUUUUAGAAUAUUAUUUCAGAGUCAAGAAUUGAAUCCUGUCUAAUCUUAAGUACAGUCUGUAUGUCAUACAUGGAUCACAAAAAUAGUACUGUGAUGGAUCUAUUUUAAAGACUUCACACUACUUAAAUUUUGCCUGGACUGAAACUGUUUCCUCCUGUCUUUUCAUGUGUCUUUGCUUGGUUUUGUGUUAUAAAAGGAGAUCCUAAAUGUAACAGUAAGUAUGCUGGGCCCCUGAACUUAAAAAUGUAAGCACAAUGAAAAUGGUAGGAUUAGGUGUUGUCUUACUGUGUUCCUGUGGAUUUCUCAACAUCCUCUGUUUCAUCAUGCAGUGUGUGUUAAAUCGGCAUUCUGACAUUUGCUCUGCUUAGCGUCUGACAUUACAGCGCGUCCCUGAAGGAAUGGCCUUGCUAAGCCAAUCCCCUUUUCCUUUUUUAGUGCUCACUUUGCUUAGAGGAAGGGAUUUCAAGCUUUCCUCAUUGAAACCAGUGUAAACAUUUUGACUGAGUGGUAGCAACUGUGUUGAGUGUUUCUAGCUUUGGUGCUCUGGUUUCUCCAAACUAGAUUUUGAGAAAUGAGCUGCUGCCAGUAAAUGGAGGCUGCCUUCUGAGCAGGUCCAAAAGAUGAAACGGAUUUAAGCAGCAACCAACCUUUACUUCUGGUUUUGUAGCUACUUUUAUUGAUGCCCAUAUUCCUCAAGAUGGUCACCUUGGUUUUGGAAUACUGCCUUGUCCCUGUUUUGUACCGAUUUCUCCUGUUUCUCAUUUGCCUGCCUUAAGCUGUAAGAAAUGAGCCAUAAGUUUGAUCAUGGCAAUAGGAGUAUAUUCUACAAUGCAAAUCCAUUUUGAACAGUUGCUCUUCAGUAUGAAUGGUGUUCCAAUCCUUUCCACCUCCUUUUUAGAGAUGUUCAAAACUGCAGUGAAGCAUUGGCUUGAAGGUGCUACUGGUGAAUAGUUCUAGUUUGCAAUGUCAUCUUGCUCAAUGAAAACAUGGAACCUAUCUUCAUGAAACUGGGUAGAGGGCAAAUAAUGCUCACAGGUCCAGCACAGCCUAAAAAUCAAGAGUUUUCAUCUUGGACAGGCUGUAGCUACUCAUUGAAGGUAGGUAUAGCUAACUCCUUUUUGUGAAGCUUUCCAGAAUAUCAAUGUUUCAUGGUAAAAAGCACAUAAAUAGUACUGCUGGCACCUGGGAAAUCACGUGCUUGUCUGUAGGGAAGGAACUUACUCUGAGGUGUAUAAAAGUGCUUGGGUUAGUAAAAUUCCUUAUGAGGAAAGCUGCUGAAUUUCACAAAUGCCUUGGUGUGCAGCUGAUGCUGCUCUGGCUGCAGCUACUGUGAGUACUUAGGUGUUCUUGGGUAUUGCUUCCCAGCUGCUAAGCUUGCACAUAUGUCUGAUACCUGGUGUGGGUUUGUUCUCUCAGGAUGAAGUGAAAUGGAAGUUCAGAGCUGGAAUGGGCUGAUACUGAACGUAUGUAUGUUGUAGCUGGAGUAAAGUUCUCCUUCGCAAUGAGAGUGGGUGAGGAGUGUGUAUGUAGCUUCAUCUUUCUAAAGAGGGCUGUCAAUGCGUAAGAGCUUUCAUCGUGAACUCUAAUUUGUUUGGGUCCCUUUUGGGACAGUUAAUAUGGAAAGGCUAAUCUGAAGAACAAAAUGCCCUUCAGCUUCAAAUUGUUUCUGUGUUACCAUUUGUCAAGCUGUUCAGUCUAAUUAGUCUGGGCAAUCAGCCUGUUGUCAGGAAAUAAUCACAAGAUGUCAAAAUCUCUAAUAACAAUUGAUUUAAAGGGCUUUUGCCUGCCUUAGCUGUUUCAUUUACUGAGCUUUGAUUCUUGUACCUUUUGUGGAGAUUGACACCACUCACAGUAGGUAUUUCUGAGUGAAGGAAUGAGUCUGUUCUAGCAGUGUUUUGCACAUGUUUAGACUGAUUACUCUAAGCUGUGUGGCACUGCUCAGUAUUUCAGUGUCCAAGUAAGGCUCUAGUCUGAAUAGACAUAUGGAGGUACUGAGGUUAGUAUUGUGAAUUGUCCCACUGACUACAGUGGGACAGCUGGCGAUGGACAAAGCUGACCUGAGUCUUGGCAGGUUGAGGUCCCAAGUGCUAAAAUACUUUAAGGGGCACAGCCUGUUGUGCAGCACAGAUGAAAAGGAAUAGCUUCCACAGGCUUAAAUGUCAGCCUGUUCCUGUCGAUUCUCUCACAAGGCUGAUUGUCUGUUUGCAGGAAACUGCUAGCUGUCAUGCUAUAUUCUUAGGAAUUAAUGUGAGAUCUGUUUUGAGCUGAAAAUAAUCAAGUAAUUGUGAAGGAGAGAAAGUUACCAUGCUAAAGGAAACUGGCUGUCAUCUGUGCAUAAUAAUUUUGCAGCACCUUUUUCGAGCUGGCUACGGGGUUAGCAGGAGCUCCAGAAUCCAGUGCUCCACUGCUCUUCAUGGGAGCAAGAACAGGCAAGCUCAGAACUAGUGUGGUAGUAGUGGGUUUUCCUUGGUUCUUUUGGAGUUUUUUUUCCCUUGGUUAACUUCCAAGGAAUUAAAAGUUUUCUUUCAAUAGUUUACUUAAAUAAUUGAAGCGGAAAAUAUUUUUCUCCAUAAAGAAAGGAUUGACUUAGAUGAAUAAAUUGAGUUCUUCCUGCUUCCCCAGGGUGUUGGGAAGCUGGCAGGCAUCUUCCUGCUCUCAAUGUGCAGUUGUUGAGCACAUGAAAUCAUGCUGGGCGGAUGACAGUGCAGCCCUGUUCUCUGCGAGUCCCCCUCUCGGUGAUGGGGCUGGAGCACCAGUGUCACAUCAGGGUUCUUGGAAAAGCACUAGUGAAAUGCAAGUCAGUCCUUGGCAGCAGGGAUGGCUCUGAGGACAAGGAUUUGCUUCCAGGUUUUUCCUUCCAGAUUAUUUUUCAGUUUGCCUUUUGUUUGCUCUGGUUGGCCUUUGCCUGGCAGCAGGGUUAGAAUAUUAAUCCAAAUUAUAACCUUUUUCUCAAUCCACUACAAGAAGAGCAGAGGGAGGGAGGAGCAGAGCCUUCUAAAACUUUGAAUGUUAGAAAAUAAGGCCUUUUUGGUGAAUACUUUUUUCUUAUUUAUGGAAAAGUCAGUUUGCAUGUAGGAAGUUUCCAGUCAGCUCUAACUUCAGCUGUGUUCACAGCACCUGUUCUGCAGCUGUGACAUGUAUGUACAAACCUUGUAUAAUUGUUGUGAAGUCAUGUAAAUGUAUAACCUCUUGAGGGAAAAGAUCCUAUUUAGUAUAUUGUUGGGAAUAAACAGCCAUACAGCU